UAGUUAGCAUUCUACCCUGGACAGCGGCAGAUUGUUGCGCAUGCGCACCCUAUUCAUUGUGCAUCAAUACUGUGUGUGAGUUCGAGAGGGAUUCGAGAAAGCCUUUGAUAUGGUUGCAGACAUGGAUGGAGAAAAUCGGAAAAGAAGUAUCUGCUCACGGCAAGAGCCGCUGGCUGCACAGAAGAUCGUGAAAGAUGGGAACAACAAGCGUGACGAAAUCCCUGAUAGAGUGACUCUCAAAAAAGAAAUAGGACUUUUAAGCGCCUGUACAAUAAUCAUAGGUAACAUAAUUGGUUCUGGAAUCUUCAUCUCACCUAAGGGGGUUCUAGAGCACUCGGGUUCUGUGGGUCUAGCAUUGAUCGUGUGGGUACUAGGGGGAUGCAUAGCUGCCCUGGGUUCACUCUGUUAUGCUGAGCUGGGGGUCACCAUACCCAAGUCGGGGGGGGACUAUUCCUAUGUCACAGAAAUAUUUGGAGGCCUGGUUGGGUUUCUUCUCCUAUGGAGUGCGGUGCUGAUCAUGUACCCCACCACCCUGGCCGUCAUCGCCCUCACCUUCUCCAACUAUGUGCUGCAACCUGUCUUUCCCGACUGUCUCCCUCCCUACAUGGCCACACGUCUGCUGUCAACAGUCUGCCUGUUGUUCCUGACCUGGGUGAACUGCUCCAGUGUGCGCCUGGCCACCAGGAUCCAGGAUGUCUUCACGGUGGGAAAGCUGGCUGCCCUGGGUCUCAUCAUAGUUGUUGGCCUAGUGCAGAUCUGCAAGGGCAACUAUGAGGGCCUGACGCCUCAGGUGGCCUUUGAGUUCAGCAGAACGCCGUCGGUCGGACAGGUCGCUCUGGCUUUCCUCCAGGCCUCUUUCGCCUUCAGUGGAUGGAACUUCCUGAACUACGUCACAGAGGAAGUGGUUGAGCCGCGACGGAACCUACCUCGUGCCAUUUACAUCUCCAUCCCAUUGGUGACCUUUGUGUACACGCUCACCAACAUCGCCUACUUCUCCGCCAUGUCGCCCGAGGAGCUGCUCUCAUCCAACGCUGUGGCCGUUACGUUUGGAGAGAAGCUCCUGGGAAUGUUCUCCGUCAUCAUGCCCAUCUCUGUGGCGUUGUCCACAUUCGGAGGAAUCAACGGCUACCUGUUCACAUCCUCAAGAUUGUGUUUCUCUGGAGCCAGAGAGGGACAUCUACCUAGCCUGCUGGCAAUGAUCCAUUUUAAGAAUUGUACCCCCAUCCCAGCUCUCCUGUGCUGCUGUACAGCCACUAUAGUGAUUCUGUGCAUAGGAGAGACCCACAACCUGAUAAACUAUGUGUCCUUCAUCAACUACCUCUCCUAUGGAGUCACCAUCGCAGGCCUGUUAUAUUACAGAUGGAAGAAGCCCAAACUUUACAGACCAAUUAAGGUAAACCUGCUUGUCCCUGUAAGCUACCUGCUGUUCUGGGCCCUGUUGUUGGGCUUCAGCCUGUACUCUGAGCCAGUGGUGUGUGGCGUUGGCCUGGUCAUCAUGCUUACUGGAGUGCCGGUCUACUUUCUAGGGGUGCACUGGAAAACAAAGCCAAAGUGUAUCUACGACUUCAUUGAAUCAGCGACUUAUGUGGCACAGAGACUGUGUUUCGUGGUCUUUCCCCAGUUCGACCCCAUCGAGAUCAGUCCAAUUGAAGAAUGGCCCAACAAAUCAUCUGACACUCUCUCUGGGAAUUCUUAAACUAUUUUUGUUGCCUUCAAGUCUCCUCUUUUUCUUUAUGUAUAUUGAGUCACUAUAUAAGUGCAGACACAGCCCCUUCCUUUUAGUGGAGCCCCUGGUCUGAUCUCUGGUCACCUGAGACUCAUAUCAAUCAAAUUCCUUACCAGCUAAGUGGAAUUGCCUGCUUUUUGAUGCAUGGGCCACUUGUAUUUUUCUUCUUAUAAUUUUGUACCGUGUCAUCAUUUAAAGUACAACAAGCUAAUGCCAACAGUGUCACAUUUUGACACUGACUUCAUAAACCCUAAGGACCUUUUUGCGUCUUUUCUGUAACUUUUCAACACUGGCAGUAUUUUGUUUGUAUUGACUUGAGAAUUAGAGUGUAUGACCGUGCCUUACAGGGGAAAAUAAGGGAACUGUUAACAUUAACCUACUAUGGAAUUCCCUAUGCUUUGUGUGUUCCUUGUUACAAUGUGAAAAGCACUGUGGUCUUUCGUAAACUGCUUCUGGCCUGUUAAUUUGCCACGUGACAUGACUUUCUUGGAUCUGAGAACAUUUUCACAAUGAACUGAAUCUGAAAAAGAAUCUGAAGAUAGCCUUCAGAGCCUUUGUCUUCAUUCUUUUGAAAGCUUCUUUUUAGAAACCAGCAGCCCUUAAUGUAUGUGUUCCGACUGUAUAUUACUGAACGCUAAAUAGGAUGUAGUUGAUAAUUAAAGAUCAUUCUAUGUUUUACUUAGUUUAUGUUUAACUCUUGCCAUUGCCUUUGAUACUACUAAUGUCAUGUAUUAAAAAUACACACAGAACUGUUAUGUUCACAGCUGAU